AUGCCGCGUGGAAGCCGGAGCCGCACCUCCCGCAUGGCCCCUCCGGCCAGCCGUGGGCCUCAGAUGAGAGCUGCCCCCAGGCCGGCGCCAGCAGCUCAGCCACCAGCAGCGGCCCCACCGGCUGCAGUUGGCUCACCUGCUGCUGCAACCAAGCAGCCAGGCCUCAUGGCCCAGAUGGCAACCACCGCUGCCGGGGUGGCUGUGGGCUCUGCCGUCGGGCACACACUGGGCCAUGCCAUCACUGGAGGCUUCGGUGGAGGGAGUAAUGCUGAGCCCUCACGGCCUGACGUCACUUACCAGGAACCUCAGGGAGCCCAGCCGGCGUACCAGCAGCAGCAGCAGUUUGGCCCCUGCCACUAUGAGAUGAAGCAGUUUCUGGAGUGCGCCCAGAACCAGAGCGACCUCAAGCUCUGUGAGGGUUUCAGUGAGGUGCUGAAGCAGUGCAGGUUUGCAAAUGGAUUAGCAUAA